UUUUUUUUUUUUCUUUUUUUUUUUGCUCUGUACCUAAACAUCCGCCUCAGGUGACGUCAGCACGCACCUGUGGGUGGGUCCCCUGCUGCGGUAUUAGCUGUAGCCGCAGGUGAUAGCCAAGUACUGGGAAACGCUCGGCAGCUCCGGGGACUCGCUUUUUCCUUUUUUUUUUUUUCUUUUUUUUUUUGACCAGAAGAGACUGUUUGGAUGUGCUGGGUGAUCUUGUUCGGUGGCGGCGCCGGACUCCGAGCUUCGACUGUUUCAUCCUCGCUUGUUGGACGAAACAGGAACUCACCUGGAAGUCCCCGGUCCUGUCGACACUUCGUCCCAGUUUGAGGCGCUAGCAGCAGGAGCUGCGUCGGUGUGAGACUUCCGCGGUUCUCUCACCAGCGAGCACAACCACAAGUGUUUCUGCUUAUGCGGCCCCGGGCGUUUUGAGCCAUGCCUGGCCACAGCUCAGGGGCUCCCCAGACGUCCCGCCACUCAAAGCAGCACACCUCCACCUCUCAGGGCAACCACAAACCAAGUCGAACUAUAUACCGGGAGAGCACGGGCUUACCUGACCUCAGGGACCUUCAUGGGGAACAUUUCCGCGAGCACCACAACGACCACCCCCGGCAUUCGGAUAGCAAGAAUGGCCCCAGUAGAAGAUACCCGCGAAACGGCACGGCCCGAGGCUCAGAGACUAUAGGAUUUAUUCCAGGGUCGGCUGACAGCGCGCCGGCCAGCAGGCCCUCAUGUGGCUCCUGCCCCUCUAUGGGCUGGAGUGGCUGCAAGGCCUUGCUCUGCCGUAUGCUCAAUUGUGGCUGUUGUGGCAGCCGAGAGCCCUCUCUGCCCGUUAACGAGAGCUCAACAGACCACCCACCCAAAUCAGGCGGUGAGCCUUCUAACGGCAUGGCUCUGACCAACCCGACCUGUGGUGUCUCCAUGGAGCCCGGCAAGCCCACCAAAUCUGCCAGGUUACCCGCCAACGAAAGUUUUCGUUACCAAGACGUUCGUUUUAGAGGCGAGAUUGUAUAUUAUCCAGUGAAUCCUUCCAAACGGACCCGUCCUCCCGCAAAAGGGGAAAGCCAGAGACCCAUCAGCAACACCAGCCUCCUGUCCAACGACUGCUACGACUUGGACGACCCGUGCGACAGCACAGACGUUGACUCUCUUAUCAACAAGAAGCUCUUGGAGCUGUACGCCUUCCAUCAGAUCGUAGAGCUCGCCAAGUGUACGUCCGAUUCCUCGUUCUCCCGCAAGACGAACGAGAUAAGCGACCUUAUCCACGACAUUGCCCAGAACUACAACCUGGAGGAGCAGGAGGCUGAGUGCAAGCUGGUGCACGGGGUCAUCCGCAUCAGCACGAGGAAGGCCAAGAAGAAGGCCAGCCACCAGUCGACGGGGCAGCGUCCUAACGGCAGGAACGACGGGACUCUGCCCGAUAGCGGCAACGAGACCAUGACCCAAACCUUCAUGAGCAGUGAUUGUAAGAAAAUGGCAACACAUGUUUUUGUUGUAGUUGUAUAUAAAAAAAAAAAUGCUGCAAAGAUUUAUGAUUCAUUUAGGUAUUUUGCAGCCCGGAGGUUGCAGAAUACCAAAUAUUGGAAACAUCUGACCCGUCGUCUCCCAGUGACUCAUAGUCUGUUGGAACCUUGCAGUCUUUGUUGAGCUCAGAGUUGUAAGCCUCAACACACUAGACAUUUUCCAGGCAAUGGCCUAUUUGCAAUCAGUUAAUCUGGGGCAAGUUGAAACAUGUACGCAUGUUUUGCCAAAACACUGAAGUAGCAAAUGACCAGAUUAUUUCUACCUCUUAAACUCAUAACAACGCUGGUGGUGGCACCCUGUCCGCUUGUCUUCAUUGUGUCCAUCUGGUUUCCCUUCGCAGUUCCAGAGGUGAAAGUGUCUGAGCAAACGCCGUCAGACGAGCUGGCGAGGCAAAUGAGACAAUACGGCU